UUCACCUUGAUGGUUGUAUUUCCGGUGGCAUGACGGCUACAGCUGUGUUUGCUGGGCUCUUGCAGACCGAAAAAGUUUCACUAACUGAUUAGUAUUGAUUUUUGUUAGCGAGUAUGUUCUGCGAAUGUAUAUUGAAAUUUACUUCGGCGCAACGGAUUUUUGUAUUCCCUUCAUGUACUCACUAGAUAUUUCAAAAGCCCCUAUAUUAAAUGGAGCUAGAGGACCAAUGGUGGAAAGGACAACUGGCAACAGAUAUUUACCAGACACUGCGAUACAAUGAGCUCAAGCUGCCCUCCUUCAAAGGCCAGUCUCCUCAGCUCUACUUGAGGCGAUACUUUGCAGACCUCAUAGCCAUCAUCAGCAACCACUUCCAACUGUGCCCCACAGCUAGACACCUUGCUGUCUACCUGCUGGACCUCUUCAUGGACCGCUAUGAUGUCACAGUGCAGCAGCUUUAUAUGGUCUCACUCUCAUGUCUUCUUUUGGCCAGUAAGGUUGAGGAAAGGGAGGACAGGAUUCCAAAGUUGGACAGUCUGAACAGUCUCGGAUGCAUGAGCACUAUGAAUCUUGUUUUGACCAAGCAGGCUCUACUGCACAUGGAGCUUUUCCUGCUAGAAUCCUUCCAGUGGAACCUGUACCUCCCCACGGCAGCUCAUUUCAUUGAAUACUACCUUUCUAUUGCGGUCCACGAGGGAGAUCUCCAUGACGGCUGGCCUAUGUCCAGUCUAGAGAAAACAAAACCCUACAUGGCCAAGUAUGCUGAUUACUUCCUGGAGGUCUCCCUACAAGAUCAUGCGUUUUUAUGUUUUGCACCCUCUUUGGUGGCUGCUGCAUGCGUGGCUGCUUCACGCCUCAUCCUGCAUGUAUCCCCCACAUGGGCCCCCCGAUUGCAGCGGCUCAGUGGAUAUUCGUGGGAGAACCUUGUCCCAUGUGCUGAGAAACUCAUCAUCGCACAUGACAGUGAUGUUAAAGAGGCCAACAAGCAGAAGUGCCAACAGCCACAGCAGAAAGGUCAGACGGUGUACCACAGUUCGAGCCAGGCAGCCACUGUGGCCCAGUACCGGCCGGGCAUGCAGUACGCCCAGCAAGCUUCACAGCCAGCUCUUGCCCCAAACCUCAGGCCUGCCUCAUAUCUGACCCAUACUGCCACCAUGCAGGUCUCCAACGGAGCGACGCAGGGCAGUACUCAGACCGUAACUACCGCAUUUGAGCCAAAAUCUAACCAAACUAACAGAGUUUAUCAAGUCAGCAUGCUCUACAGUGGUGCUACAUGCUUUGACAGGUGAUGAACUUUUGGAAUUUAGUGAUUGAAAAGAAGUCAAGAUAUCUUUCUUUGUACUAAAACAUUUUUAUUUUAAGGGAAUUGAUUGAAUAUAUGUCGCACUUUGAACCACAAGGUUUAGGCUAUUUGGAUGCCUGCUCUGUAGUAAUUUUGUAUGGAGAGCCAGUAUUAGGAUUUUUGUUUAGUUGAUAACUGUUGGCUGCUCAAGUAUACCACUAGAGUCUUUACACAGCGGUAUUACUUCAGUUAUAAUUUUGCCUGGCCAAAAGUAUCUAUUUAUGUAUUUAUUUAUUUAAUCUAAAGUACAUAAGAAGUAUUGCACAAAAAUGCCUUACUACCAUCUUGUUGAGAACAAUACUUAGUUAAGGCAAUACCAGCACAAUAUUCAUAUCCUUUUGUUGACAGUAAGUGGCGCACGAACAUUGAAUGUUUCAGCACUUUUUUUUUUUUUUUUUUUUGUAUAAUUGUGAACUGUUAAAAAUCAGUUCAUAUACAGAGAAAUUGUUGCUCUUCUGGACACAAAUUAUUUCAGUCAGUGCUGUGCACUAAAGUGUUUUGAAUAAAACACAAACUUCUGUUGAACUUAAAUUUGUGACCAAAAGUGAUUUUGUUCAUGCAAAGCUUUUUGACACAGCAGCGGGCAUCUACAGUAUCUACCCCUUUUGCACUGGAUAAGAAAAGUCCCUGGAUUUUUGUCAAUAUUUUCCAAGGUAAUUUACCCUGUUUUCUAUUAAAUCACUCCAGUGUUUCAUAUUCUGAUAGGCAUUUGUUUUGAGUUUUUGUCAAAAUUGUAAUCCAACCUGACAAUGGCACACAUAUGCCUUUGCCUUGCUCCCUCCUCCAUCCACUCAGUUCUACUGCAGUAUCCUGCAGUGCACUAGUGGGCAUUGGGCAGGCCAACCCAUUGCAAAGCAGGUCUGUGACCCACUAAAUCACACGUUAACGACGAUGCUUAUGCAUCCCUGGCAUUGUUUGAAACAACAAUUACAAUUUGUCGUCUGGAUUUACUGAGCUACUGUUAUGCUGUGUUCCAGACAACACCUUGUUCAAAAUUGUGGUUAAAGCUCUCGGGCUAGAGAUAUCUGAGGCAAUUGGGACAUCAACAAACAAAACAGACCACUUAAGCAAUGUGGCAGUAAAAGAAAUUGUUUACUUCUCUGAAUUGCACUUGCUGGAGAAGACAGCUUGACAAUUACACUUUAAAGAGAGUCAAGGAGAAAAGCGAAUAAUUUCCAAUUGUAUCAAUUGCUGCCAUACAUAUGUUCUUUGAAACAAUUGUUGUUUUGGUUUCACGUGACUGUGAAAAGCCUGUAUAAUGGACAUAUAUAUACAAAUAAAAGAAAU